GUUCUAAUUUAAUUUUAGAGCUUUACGAUUCAUUUCGCGAUUUAGGUUUUGGCACUAACAGUCAGGGGCGGAGCCAGCCCAAGUGAGAUUUUGAAGCCCAAAAAAUUACCAUCACAUAUAAACCUGAAGCGUCGUCGUUUGGGUGCGCAGGUUAUUUCUCAAUCUCGGUCACAACUCACAACUCACACCAUUGCGUCUGUCGCCCGUCGUUGUCGCCAGAGCGGUCGCCGUUUCCCAUAGCCCGCGCCGUCGCCCAUAGCCCACAUCCCUAGUCGGCCAGUCCCCACUUGGCUACUUCCCCAGAUUAUAAGCAAAGAUGGUUUUGACUGAAGAGGAAAUUAUGAGGCUCUACAGGGUUCGAAAGACAGUUAUGCAAAUGCUGAAAGAUAGGGACUAUUUGAUUGUGGAUCAUGAUCUCAACAUGACAAUGUCGCAGUUUAAGAACAAAUAUGGAGAGCACAUGAAAAGGGAGGACCUUACUAUCAAUAGAAGGAAGAGAGGUGACGAGUCUGAUCAGAUUUAUGUGUUUUUCCCUGACGAACCAAAAGUUGGGGUCAAGACAAUGAAGAGUUACAUCACACGCAUGAAUCAGGAGAAUGUGAUAAGAGCAAUAUUGGUUGCUCAACAGAAUCUGACUCCUUUUGCAAAGACCUCCAUUAGUGAGAUGGGUUCAAAGUACCACUUGGAGAUUUUCCAGGAGGCAGAAUUGUUGGUGAAUAUUAAAGAACAUGUUCUAGUUCCUGAGCAUCGGGUUCUUACAAAUGAGGAAAAGAAGACUUUGCUGGAGAGGUACACUGUGAAAGAAACACAGCUUCCUCGAAUUCAGCUUAUUGAUCCAAUUGCCAGAUAUUACGGGCUUAAGCGUGGACAAGUUGUGAAGAUAAUCCGGCCAAGUGAGACUGCAGGACGAUAUGUCACCUACCGUUAUGUUAUCUAAGUACUUUUAUUGGAAGCUGAAAACCAGCAUUGCAUUAGUCUUAUUUAUAGGGUUCACAAUAUUAUGGGCCUAAGAGUGGACAAGUUGUGAAGAUAAUCCUGCCAAGUGCAACUGCAAAACUAUAUGCCACCUACUGUUACGUUAUCUUAGUACGUUUAUUGUAAGCCGAAACCUGGAUUGCAUUAGUCUUAUUUAUAAUUGUCGAAUUGGAAGGUUAGCUCUUAAGUGAACAAUGCAGUUAAGAUUUUGGACAUGUGAUGAUAUUUUCAACUCAUUCUGUGCAUUCCUCUGUUGUGCCUGUAAUGUGAGCUUGAGUAGUGCCUAACUCCAGUUAUCUAUGUGCUGUUGUUGUAGUUGUUAAACCCCUCCUUUGCAGACUGAGUUAUUCGGAUUCUUUU